AAAAUUCUGAACCGCGUCUCGCGCCUGUGCAGGGGCAUUUGGGGCCAUAGCGAAGGAAAAGACUGUGAUCCGGGUAAGGGACUCCUGGAUAGGGCUGGUACCAACUGUAACCCCCAUCAUCAUCAUCAUCUCUGGCAAAUGAAAAAAUAACCCCUCGUUUGCAUUCCACGUUUCACGACUCAUCGAUGGCUCUGUUACUAGAGAACGAAAACCAAGCCAAGUGAAAACUCGAGUCACUGAAGGGAGAAUAGUGAAGUGAUUGUGACUUCCCUCGGUUCAAUCACGGAAGUUGUUUUUUUUUUCAGUACUGAGUCCUCCGGUGCAAAUGUUACUGUGGAAUCGCGCGAGGUGGAUGGGAAUAUAAAAGUGCAUGUGCGACUGCAGGGUUAUCAUUAAAAACACGAGGUGUGAAACAACAGUGCGAGAAUUUAUCGGGGGAUUCACGGGACACGGGACGCCGUGACGUGCUUCCUCUCGGUUAUCAUUAUCACUCCUCCCCCAGUAGCUCGAUGAAAAUAUUAAAAUAAUAAACAGGAUAGGGGCCAUUGAUAAAACCACCCACCGAAGAAAUAGUGUGUGACAAGUGCGACACAGAUUUCCACUCUCCAGUGAUGACGGUGUGUGGCUCCAUGAAAUUCAAUUCAAGUGAUUGAAAAUAGCAAUAAAAAAACGCCGAGGUGAAUGUAAAAAAAGGAAAAAUUGCGCGUCAAGUAGUGUGUCAAGUGUGCGCCCUGUUGUCAGGCGUUGGUACUCUACUCAUCGAAGUGUUGGGGUUUUUUUCAAAAAAAUCCCUCGGUACAACUGGAGUGGGAUACGAGUGUCUGUGUGGGGUAGGUGGGGAGUAAAAAAGUCUAACCCAGGAGGAGGAUAAAAAAUCACGCUAAAAACAUUUGACGUCGGUUGAGAGCGAAGAGGUAAAAAAAAAAAAACGAAGAGAGGAGGGGAAAUGAAUCCCCGAGUGGACUCCCUCGUUUGAGGGUUGACAUUGUGCUUAACGUGUAUGUGUGGAUGCAUUGAACCGUAAACCAAAACGCAGGAGAGUAAAGCGGGUGAAAAAAAGAAACAGAUUAAGGCAACUCGUAUACAUUUGCCUGUACAAUUAACCGGCGGUUAAGAGCGGCGUGUACCAUCUAACGGCCCCUGACAACGAACCCCAGUGCAACAUCACAAUGCGGGAUCGUCUGUCGUGGUACAUGGUAUUUCUGAUCCUACCGACGAUAUUAUUAGCACGAUCACUUGACAAAGAUCGUCGUGUGCCCUACAACAUCCCCUCAGACUGGCGAGCACUAUGGUACAAUAAUCUCGAUGAACUACAGAGAGUCAAUGAGGCCAAUGAAAAUAAUACAGUCUCAAAUGUCACUGUACAACUCGGUGGUACAGCAUUCUUACAUUGUAAAUUAAGAAAUUUGGCUGAGCGCUCCAUCUCCGAUGCCGAGAUAUCCUGGAUACGUCGACGUGAUUGGCACGUAUUGACGAGCUCAUUGUUCACGUAUACGAAUGACGAGCGAUUCCAGGCGCUUCAUUCGGAGGGCUCGGACGGCUGGACGCUGCAAAUCAAAUACGUACAAGAACGAGACAAUGGAACAUACGAGUGUCAGGUAUCGAGAAGUACAGGGAUAAUAUCACACUUUGUGAAUCUGAAUGUCGUGAUACCAGAGGCGUUUAUACUAGGGAGUGAAGAACACCACGUCGACGUGGGCUCGAUAAUAAGCUUGGUGUGCAUAAUUGAAAAGAGUCCAACGCCGCCGCAAUAUGUAUUCUGGUAUCACAAUAACCGGAUGAUAAACUACGAUACUGCGCGCGCUACAGUCAAUUUACUGACUGAGCCAGGACCAACUCAGAGUCGACUCACAAUUCGCCAAGCGGUUGAAUCGGAUACGGGAAAUUACACGUGCAGUGCUUCAAAUACAAAGUCAGCUUCAAUCUACGUCUUUGUGACAGAAGGCGAUAAAAUGGCGGCAAUUCAACGCCGUAAAACGUCCAGCGGAGAGAGGACAUCGGGUAGUUUGAUACUGGCGCUCAUUGUCACUGGCGCUGUUUUAGUGCGAUAAGCAUUUUCAUUCGAAUAAAAACAGAAAAACCACACACAAUGUCCAUUACUGUCAUUUAUUCGUUUUUUUGAUCAUAAAUAACUUUACAGAUAAUUCCCAAAUAUCGAAUCCACGAUUCUGUCAUUUUUUUCAUUGAUUUAACGAACAUGAGAAAUGAUAACAACAAAAUUGUUCAGUCGUUUUUUGUAGGACUCUUGACAGAAAAUAAUUGAGUGCUCCGUGUUUAAUUGGUGAAUAUUUCGCGGAACGAAGGAACACGGAAAUUUAUGUAAAUAAAUAUUUCAAUACAAAUUGGACACCAUUGUCAUCGAUUUUUUCCAUGAGAAUUUCAGGAUGAAAACAUUUUCAGAUGUAGUUUUGGCUUUCGGUCCAUAUUUCAUUGCAGGAUGUUAAGACAUAUGGGGGUAACGAUUCACAAAGGAUUUGACGACUGUCACUGGGUCCUAGUUGUUGGCCUUUAGAGUGGGGGGGAUAAAAAAAAUUUCAGUGUUGUGAAUUUUUCAAUGCAAUAAGAUUUAUGGGUCGAGGGUGCGAGGAGUGGGCCACUGAGCGAAUAAGCCAGUCGACAGCAUUAAAAAUAUCCGAGGGUCGGGUUUUUAAUGAUUAAACAGAUUGGAAUACGCGGCUGUCGAUCAAUGUCGACAUCGUCAAUUAAUUUUUUAUCGCUACCCCACCUCCUUUUCACCGUUUCUAGUGAAUUAAACGAGUAUUAAAUUUGAUGGGAAACAUUAUUUACAAGGGCAAUGCUGCCCACUUGAUCAUUACUGAAUGUUUUAUGGAAUUAUUUACAUGACGAUUCGAGCAGUGAUUUUUUAUUAUUGUACAGUUUAAUUUUAUCUGUGGCGACCCUCAGUAAAUUUCAAAUGCCCAAGGAUAAAACGUGAAUUGCGAGGGGAAUGGCGCUCGGCACAUGAAAACAGAGAAAUUUAUUCACGUGGAACAAUGAUUAAUUAAUGAUAGUACUCGAGUUAAUAAUAAGAAUUUUAGCAAUUCAUAAUGCCGAGCAUACCGGGGGAAUUAUGGAUUUACUGCGGGAUUACCGGAAAUUAUCAGAGUGGCUUCCACUGAAUUUUUAAAAAUCUCCCGAAAAUUUUAAUGCUGACAAUGAGAGUUUAUUUAUCAUUUGACAGUUCGUUUUGGAACUUCAAGUAUCACAAAGUCAGAUCCGUCUCCAAGUGUAUAAUAAUUUUAAAUAUAAAAAAUUGGGGGGAAAAUUCCUAUUGAGAGAGAAGAAAAAACAAUUUAAUGUUAAGUACUUCAAGUGAGAUAUAAACGUGAUUAUUGAGUGAAAAAGAUGGGAGGAUUGGAUCAACUUUUAUCAGCUCGAUUGAGAGAGUAAUGGGGACUACGAAGAAAUGAACAAUACACUGACCCAGUAAAGAAUAGUUUUUUUUGCUUAAGAAACAUCCGCUUCCGUUCACAUCAUUCCAUUCUAUGUAUGUCUUAUAUACUAUGGGUAUUUCAGGGGUAAGAAAUUUUAUUAUAAGAAAAAUGGAUGAGAAAUGAGAAAUGAGAAAUGGAGGGAUGACAAAUGGGCCAGCGAGAAAUGAGAAAAUGCAAUUAAUAUUUGAAGUUGUAAAUUUUAACGAAUUCUUAUCGUUUUAAGAUGUUUUUUUACAUAAUUAUUGUUAAUGAUUAUUAUUUAGAGCGUCAGGGUUUGGAAGAUAUUAAAAAGACACGGUAUAUGAUUAAGAAAGUGAGGGACAAAAUUUAAAUGCGAAAAAUAUGGGACUCAACGAUUGUUGUAUAGAAACAGAAUAAAAGUGGAGUUAUCUUGUUAUGUUUUAAUCUUGAUAAUUGAAUUUACUGAAAGUACAAGAGAGGAUGCAAAUCGUCUAUCAUCGAGGCAAUAUAAAUUAUUUAUCACAGAGAGAACUGAUUUCAACAAAUUGUACAUAAAUCAUACAGAGAAAAAAUUUAAUGAAAAAUUCCUAAACAACUGAUGCAUUGCGCAAUAAAAGCUUUAUUCGGAGUUGGGAGAAGUUGAUUCGAUACUGAAUUUGACUGACGAAGUUUCAAUAUCGAAGGAUCACGGAGGAUCAUGAGUUUUUUCGUAAAAAUGUAAAAAGAAAAACAAAGAACGCUUAGGGGUGCAUUUGGAAAUUGCUAUGGGCACGAAUUUCGUCUUCAAUACACAGAAUAAAUCCAUUUCAUCUUCCAGUUUUAAUUUCCAGAUACUGCUGAGUGGCUCUUUGUACUUAGACAAAUAUUUGAUUUCCAAUUUUUCAUCGAAAAUUACUCCGAUAAAUUUUUUUGGAAAAAAAUGAAAAGCAUCACAAAUUAUGGAAGAAAAAAUUGCAAUUAUUGAAUUUAAAGACAAUUGCAGAGUGUACAGGCGUUUGGGUUUAUCGUUCUCUCGUGAUAUACUCGGCCGCCUGUGCACAAUUAUAUGUAGAAUAUACAUAGAAUCUGUUAAUAAUAAGAGAAAAGAAAAAUGAUGAGUAAUUGGCACCUGUCGAGAAAUAAUGUCCAGUGGCAUAACUUGGUUAUUCUAGUGAGAAAAUAAAUGAAGGUAAUUGAGCAAAUGUCCUGAGACGUUCUUUUAAAGACUGGGUGGAAAAUAUAUGGUAUAAUUAUGGUGGAAUUUCAGAUUAAUUCUCAAAGAAAUAAACAUCCUUACAAAACUUAAAAGAAAAGAAAAGCGAAAAAAAACAUUUCUCAGUAUAUGUCUGCAAUCAUGUAUGAUAGAAAAAAAAACCAUUCAAUUCAAUAAAAAUGUACGAAAUCGAGAUAAAAAUCAUCAAUUCACCUCACCCAUUCACUCCUCCCAUUAGCAGUAAAAUUAAAAAAGCCAUUAGUUCAUAUUCUACCAUUGGUCUUUAUUACAAUACAGCAGUAGAUUCGAAUGAUUUACAUAACAUAUAUUUAUAUAUAUUCUCUCUAUCAAUAAUAUAAAGAGACCUAGUUAAAAAAAAAAGAAUAACAUAAUGAUAUAAUAGGAUGAAGAAUAAUCUUAAACACUAUACAGAUUUUAUCUUAGAACGUCAUAGUGGAAUUAUUUUUUUCAUACAAACUGGUAUCAAUAAUGCAAAAGAGGAGAUUACGUUCUUGACAAUUGUUUAAUCCUCAUAAUGAAAUGGUACUUUCGUUAUCAAAGCACUUUACAGCUAGUUGUACCAGCAAAAUUGUUUUUAUCAACUAUAUUCUUCUCCUUCGUUCGUUAGAAAUUCUAUUUUGUAAAAAAGUCGCUUUGCACCUACAAAUCCCUUCAUCAUUUCGGCAUUAUUCUAAUCAUAGAUGAUGAUUGCCAGUAACAGAAAAAUAUAUUUUACAUAUUGUAUUGAAUAAACGCACCUCUC